AUGAAUAUUUUUGAUAGAAAAGCAAAAAUAUUGCAAAAGGAACGUGCAGCUCGAAGCGAAGACUAUCAACUGGCUGAAUAUAUAAAAGAAGAGAUUGGCUGGAGAACUGCUGAUAGAGUUUUCGAUAUAAAAAGAAACUUUAAAAAUGCAGUUGAAUUAGGUGCUGGUAGAGGCUAUGUGUCCCGUCAUUUUCUUCCUGAUAGUGUUGAAAAGAUUACACUAUGUGAUACAUCACAGACAAACCUAGAUAAGGCUGUAGUCGGUGACGGUGUACAAUUCGAUAAAGUUGUUAUGGAUGAAGAGAAUUUUGAAUUCCCAGAAAAUAGUGUGGAUUUGCUGGUCUCCUCUCUAGCACUUCAUUGGGUGAAUGACUUGCCUGGAUGUUUUGAUCGUGUCAUGCAUAGCCUGAAGCCAGAUGGAGUAUUCAUUGCAUGCGUGUUUGGUGGUGACACCCUUAUGGAACUCCGACAAGCGUUGCAACUGGCGGAGACGGAGAGGAAGGGUGGAAUGGCUCCCCACAUAUCGCCAUUCACUCGGAUACGAGACGUCGGUGGUCUGCUAAAUGCGGCGGGAUUCACGCUGCAGACGGUGGACGUGGAGUCGCUGACGGUGUGGUACCCGAGCGCGUGGCACGUGAUGAGGGACGUGCGCGCAAUGGGCGAGUCGAACGCGGCGCUCAACCGGCCGCCGCUGCUCGACCGGCGGCUGCAGUUCGCGCGGCCGCGAUCUACGACGAGAUGUACGGCAAGGACUUUUCGGAGAAGGAGUCACCCGAAGCCACUGCCGCGCGGCAGCGGCGAGAUCUCCCUCAAGGACUUGCACAAGAUCGACGAAAUCAUCAAGAAGGCGGACAAAAUUAAACUGACAGAUGAAGAUAUGAAA